CAGAACGCGAGUGUCACAGUCGUGAGAAGUGCGGCGAGAUGUUUAUCUGACUGAAGUUUGGAAGAAGGUCACUCUUAUUCACGGACUUUGGGACAGACGCGUGUGUUGGACACAAUUAAAAGGUUUGAGGGUCAUACUGACACAUUCGGCAGGACUACACAGAAUCCAGAAUCUUGGCACAAUUUAAGGAGAUUUUUGUGUGUUGAAGUUGCAUUGCCUGAGUUCUUUUACAACAACGGAAAGUGGAAGACGAUGAAAGACAUUUAAAGAGCAGGAUGCACCUUUCAAAACAAGCUACAAAUAUAAAUAAAUCAUCAAGAGGGAGUGAGGGCUAGUUCUUCACGCCAAAGGAAACGCUUUAUCCCACCCCCACCCGCUGUCUCAGAGUGAACGAGAGCUAGAGCCGACUGUGGCAGACUGACAGUUGCAGACUCUCUGGCUCUCAAGCUUGGCGGUUUGUUUAUGUAUUUGCCUUGUUUUUUGCGUUCCUCGCCCCCUUGUGCCCGUGUCAUGCUCUGUUGCCGGCGUGCCAUCCUGGAGCCAUGCCCAUCCCAGAGAUGGCUUUGAGCCCGGUGAAGUCGCUGUACUGGGAGGUUUUCCCCCCCAUGGCCACGCACAGGGUGUACUGCACGCCCGUGCUAUGGGCCGGACGUCUUUAUGUGCUGGGGGGCUGCAGCGAGAAUGGCCUGCCUCUGGACUCGGCUGAGGUGCUGGAUCUGGAGAGCCAGAGAUGGUGCGAGCUGCCCCCUCUGCCCACUGCCCGGGCGGGGGCGUCUGCAGUUGCGGUGGGAGAUCAGCUGAUGGUCAUGGGGGGCAUGGAUGCACAACAGAGCCCACUGGCUUCGGUAGAAGUGUAUCACCCUGAUGAAGGCAAAUGGGAGAGGAAGACAGGACUGGGGCAGGCCUCCAUGGGCAUCACCACAUUGGAGAAAGAUGGUAAAGUGUAUGCCUUAGGCGGGAUGGGGGCAGACACAACCCCUCAGGCCUACAUAAGACUGUACGAGCCGGGAAAGGACCAGUGGUUGAAUCUCACCUCCAUGCCCACUCCCCGCUAUGGAGCUUUCUCGUUCCUGCGUGAUAACAAGAUCUAUGUUCUUGGUGGGCGACAGGGAAAGCUGCCAGUGACGGCAUUCGAGUCCUUCGACCUGGAGAUGAAGAGCUGGACGCGGUACCCGUGCAUCCCCAGCCGCAGAGCUUUCUGCUCUUGCGCCGCUACCGACGGGGCCUUCUUCAGCCUGGGGGGACUUCAGCAGCCUGGACCUCACAACUUUUACUCCAGACCUCACUUCGUUUCCACUGUGGAAGAAUUCGAUUGUGAACAGGGUGUGUGGCUGAAGGGUACGCGGAGCUGUCGCAUGAGAGAAAAGCGUGCCGACUUCGUAGCCGGCUGUCUCGGGGGACGGGUCAUCGCUGCAGGAGGACUCGGUAACCAACCAACACCGCUGGCAUCAGUGGAGAGUUAUAACCAGCUGAAGAGGAGAUGGGAAGCCGUGGCCCCCUUACCUAGCCCUCGCUGCUCAUGUGCCUCCAUACAGACCUCCGACAUGCUGUUCCUCAUUGGAGGGGUGUCCCAAGGUCCCAGCAACGCCGUGGAAGCCCUCUGUUUAAAAGAGGCCGUCUGACACACACACACACUUGAACAAAUCCUCACAUGCUGUACUGUCCCGAGUGUAUACACUCUGGAAACACAAAAGCGUAGAAGCCAAGCAGACGUGUAUGUCUCUGACAAACAUUCAGGGUUUUCCUGCAGAGAAUGCAUCAGCUUUAUACUUCAAAGAGUGGAGACAAUCUUCUGGAGCUUGGACGGUGUGCUGGACAGAAGACGUUUGGACUGGAAGUCUUUGACAAGCAAAGAAUACAUUUAAGUUUGAUCUAACUAUAGAAAAAUAUAUUUAGUAUAACGUUGUAUUAAAGAACAUAUAUGUAUUAUUAUAAAUAUAUAUAUAUAUAUAUAUAUAUACGAUUGCGCAUAUACUAAAAUAUAUAAAUCGAUAGACCUACACAGACAGACACACUCCAGGCGCCUUUGAGCUGUACAGCAUUUUUCAGUAUCAAAGCAGGGUCAUUUUCUGGCAAACUAAAGAGGAACUUAGGGCCAUAUCCACCGAGCUGCCACAGCACCUGUCUAAGGUAGCAUGUUUAGCACUUUUUGUAUUAUUACUGACGGAGGAUGUGCCGUGCAAGGACCGAAGGCGGAUGCGUGCGUGUGUGUUUUUGUAUCCUCACACCCAUGCACAUGUGGAAUUUAGCGAUGUUCUGAGUGCAGAAAGCAUAUGAUUCACACAUGCACACACUGUAGCAAAAGACAGUAGAGAUGACACAGAACAUAAAUCUUGCGUAAAGGAAUGUGCAGGUUCAAAACAAGCUAAGCUUUAUUGAUUACCACGCAUAGUCGUUUGUUAAACAAGCAAAUGUUGUGUAUUUAUAGUAAUGCACUUGAAAGUCCAGGCAGUAUAAUGAUUUUUUUGUUUGCUUUUUGUCAGUAUAAUGUUAUUUAUUCAGUAACACUUUACUAUAAGGUUGUAUUUGUAAACACAAGUUUAUGCAUAAGCUAACACAAACUAACAAUAAGAUAUGUUAGUAUUAGUAAAUGCUAAUUUUAACAUAAACUAAUAUAAAUACAUUCUGCAGAAGUAUUGUUUAUUGUUAGUUCACUGUAAACAUCUGCAAAAAAGCGGUAUAGCUGGGACGGCAGAAAACAACGUAACAUGUAAAGUUACAUAAUGUUACAUAGAUAUAAGUAAAGUAAUGUUAAGUAAAAUAACAUGAAAACAUUUAAAUUAACUUAACAAUACUUUUCACCAAACUUGUAAAUUUGCAGUUUGUUUCUGUAAAAAAAAUUGUCAAGUUAGGAAAUUUCAACAAUAUCAGAAAAAUCUGUAAAAUUACAGUUUUUACCAACUAGUUAAUGGGAUGCAUUUACUAAUGUUAACAAAUACAACCUUAUUGGAAAGCGUUGCCAAAUAUUCUAAUUCAAAUUACUAGCUAAUAUAAAUACAUUAAGUUGCACCAGCAAAAGUGAUAAUCUGUAGUGUCAAACCAGGUAACAAUAACAGUUUCGGUUUCCGCAGUGAAGCAGAGAUAUUCAUUUAUUCUUAUUUUGAGUCGUUAAGUGAAUCAGCCUUUCAGCCCUGAGACUAUUGUUGCGGUUACCAUUAAAGACAGCAUUCCUGUGAACGAUUCACUGUAAGUGCAUUACUGUUAAAUGCUUUCUAUUUAAUAGUCUAUUUAAAACCUUUUACUGAGAUACAUACAGUAACAGAAAACAGCAGUGCUUAACUUCUACUGAUCCCAGAACAUUGUUUCAUUGCCCUCGAGGUUUCAAAAGGCCUGGUUGCAAAAUUGACACUACCAUUUGUGAACCUAGGAUUACAAAACCAGCUUUAAGUAGCACGGGAACAUUUUUAGUAAAAGAAAAAAAUACAUUGUAUGGGUCAAAAUUAUACAUUUUUCUUUAAUGCCAAAAAGCUUUAAGACAUGAGGUAAAGAUCAUGUUCCAUGAAGAUAUUUUGUACAAUUCCUGACGUAAAUAUAUAAAAACUCUCAGAUUAUUUUCAGCGAGAUAUUGUCCUUUUCUUACAACAUCAAUAGAAAUUGUAUUUAUUCAUCUUUCAGAUUAUGUAAAAAUCUCAAUUUUGAAAAAUUUACCCAUAAGACUGGUUUUGUUGUCCGGGGUCACAUUUUGUAAAUUGUUAAAAAAAUUACCUAAGCAAAAUGUCAACAUUGUUAAACCUGUAAAACACACUGAAAAGUUCAGAUGAUGGUUUCCUUAUUUUAAUAGAAACUAGAUCCUUAAGGUAAGAGCUUAUUGGAUUUAGUUGUGAUAGUAGGCUGGCACACAAACGAUAACUGUUUCUGAAUGACCCAUUUACUGAAGGAUAAAUGAAUGCUCUCAAGGGACAUGCAAGAAGACAAUGAGCUCACUUCCUGUUGAUCAGCUAAAACAUUUGAUGCAGACCUCACAUGUCUCAUUUUCAGUUCACUGGUACCCUGCUAGGGUCCUGUAUUCCCAUCACCGACGAUCUGACAAGCGCAUCAGGUCACUGGGCAUAUUUGCGAUGCCGAAGACAGAAGGCAUACAUGUCAGGAAUUGGCAAUGCUUACUGAGAGGUUUACUGAGAGGUUUGGGCACAGUAAAUUCAGGUGUUUCUCUGUGGUGACAGUCAAUAUGGGUUUGAUGGUUUUGAUCAGGUCUGUGUGUAUGUGUGUGUGUGUAUAACUUUCUGUUUACAUCACAUUGUGGUGUCAGAUGUGUGAUGAGCUGUCUUUAUUGGUGAUACGGUGCCUGAGGGUGGACUAAGACGUUCAUACAUAUUCAUAUUGAAUCAUUGAGAGCUUUGUGUGUGUGAAUAUGGCUGCUUGUGUACAGUAUAUGUGUGUGUGUGUUUGUAUUUGGUCAGAUUGUUGAGUAAGGAAAUUGUUUUGAAUGGGUUUGUGUAUGAAAAAGUGGUGGUUUACAUCCAGCAUCAAAAUGACACAUCUGCUCACAAACAUAAGGAUAAAAAGCAACAAACAUACAAUCCGCAUUUAGAUUUAUUUAGAUUCACGCCUCCCUAAUGACUGUGAUAUUGUGCUAGCUGCCGGCGGUCUUGUGCAACAUGUCACAGCGGAAAUACAAACCGGUGAUGGAUGGAUAUUUCUGUCUGUAUUGAGUCAUGCCAGUUUAUCAAUAACAACAGAACUGAACACAAUGAAAUAUGUAACACCAGGAGAUAGCAAUUUAUUUCUUUAGUUUCUUUUUUUUACUAUUAUUGUAUGAAUGUGGGCUCUGAUGCAGAUUACCUCAUUUUUAUUUUGACUUAGGUAAAAUGUCACACAAAUCCUUGCCCUGCAAGAACUGACGAUGUGAGAAAAAGAUGCAGACGGAAAUACACAUCUUUUUUGUUCAAUAUACAAAUUCACACGGCAAAGUCUUUUUGCUUACAUCUCAUUUCGCUGCCUCUAUUAAAUGGAAACACUAGAGUUCUUUUGUUGUUAUUCGUAAAACACUCAAAAGAGAAUUAGCAUUUUCAACCCAUGUGUUCCCUUGGGAAUUCUAAUAGGUUUUUAGAAAAGCGUUUUUUGAUGAAUAAAAUAAGGUCGCGGUCACUGUGCUGGAAAAGACUAUCCUGUUUUCUUCUGAAAAACAGAAAUGACACACAGUCAUGCCUAUGAGGUGAAUGCAAGUUGCCUUAGCCUUAUGUCUUUAUUUGUACCCACAAAAGAAGAUAUUUUGAAGAAGGUUGGUAACUGACAAAACCGACCCCAAUUAAAUUUGAUUGGAUGAACAAAAAAUCAGAAAUUUCCCAAAAUAUCUUGUUUUGUGUUCAACAGAUUUUGAAGACAAGAGGAUGAAUAAAUGAUGACAGAUAACUUUAUUUGACUCAUAACUCUAAAACUAUUCAAAACACACAAUAGAAACUCAUAAGCUUUUUAAGUUGGCACACAAUUUGACAUCAUGGCUGAACAUCUUCUUUUUCAUUUUUACUUGUAUAAAAUUUCCCUUGUUUUUAAUUGAUUUGACCAAAGACAGAGAGCUGGUGAAUGAGGAGUUUCACUGAAUGGAGAAAUCUCAUAUUUUUAUAUCUAGAGGUGCAAAAUGUUUACUCUGAGUUGUUCAUUUCAGAGGUGCAGCGAAUAUAAUUCAGACAUCCCCACAGUGCUUUAAAUCACUUUAAGGGAUACAAAUGAUUUGACUCUGGGCUGUUUCAUUAUACAAUGUUCAAAUGCAUUUCAUCCUUUACCCUUAUUUGUAUGUAAAUCACUUGAGAGUAAACGCAGUGUAUUGAUCCCCUAAACUCUAGUAGCGGUUGUUUUGCAGUGAUUUUUCAUGUUUCUCCAUGUUCUGAAUAUUCUCUGUGGUGAUUUUCCAAUUCGAGUCAGUGAACUAAUGCGGUUUCUCCAGUGUUUCGUGGGUUUACCUGUUUGUUUUGUUCACUUGUGAGGUAACAGGUCAUCAUGUUGACCUCGUGGUACCAGGAGCUGUAGAGAUGAUCUGAUGUUUAUUAAUGAUGUUGUGAUGUCAUAUAGUGAUGUAAUAGUGGUAGCUGACGGCCCCUGACAGUCUUCAACGUACAGCGCAGACACUCCGGGCACAACUCAAUCUCCAUAAUAAAUCAAUCAAAACACACAUUAUCGCAUCGCAUAAUCUCUAAUCUGAAGACGGAUAUGUCUUGGUUUUAGCCCUGAGCAGGAAAUACAAUUUUAGUUCAUGUUUUCCAGAUAUAAAAUAUUGCCGUGAAAGAUUGUUUCACACUGAGGUAGAUGAGCGGAGACACACAGCCGGCCCAAGGGAACUAACAGUGUCCUAUGAGAUUACCCGCACCCAUCCACACAGCGAAAGCUCUUUUACCCUCUAGCGUACUGUUGUCGACCAUGCACUGAAUCAACCUCUGUUGUUACACUUUGAAACUGUUAUUCACAUUUUUUAUUCUGUGAAGAAUUAUGGGACUAUAGAUGUGUUGGUGUAUGAGCACUGUAGUCAUGAAUUUUGUAAAAUGGCUAUAUCAAUGCUGUUGAUGGCUGUGGUUUAUAACUUUGUUUCAAGUAGAUAAAAUGUAAAACAUUAAAUUUGUAAAAUAGAUCCGUUUUAUCAAAAAAUGCUGUGUACCUUUUUAGCAAAAAUCUUACUGAUAUCUUAAAGGUGCUGUAAAUUCAGAUCAUUUUAACCAGGCACCCUCUUUCCAAACCCCGCCCUCAAGAUAUGUCAGCCAACCCAAACACACAAUACGAUUCAGUGGUAGGGAGCGUUUCUCAUUGGCUGGUUUUCAGAUUGACCAAAAAGCGCAGACCUGCUCCUUUUUGUUGUUCCCAGAGUCUAGAGCUGUCACAGGUGUGUUUUCUCUGGAUGCCUGUUUUCUAUGAUCUCUGUGAGGAUGUAGUGACUUUUAAUGUGUGGUGUUCCGAAAGCAAAAGUGAAGAAAUGCUUACAGCACCUUUAAAAUUGUCAUCAGGAUGAAAGACGGAAAGCAAUAUAUGAAACUACAUGAAAAUGACAGUGGAGUGAAAUCUUUGACAUCAUUAUAUCCCCCAUUGUAUGUGAAUAGAGAUUGAAGCAGCAUAUCACAUGGAGAACUGAAAACUGGCUAGAAGGGUUAACAUGGUCUGGAUUUCAAUCUAAAUUGUGUUGAAACGUGUUGACACACAAGUCCACUUCAGUAGUUCAGUGCCUAUAUAUGUGAGGUAGUGCCUCUACUACAAUUUCUGUAAUAAAGUCUUUGAACAUUUUUAUGUGAUCCUAUGUGACUCUGUUUUUUGCACACAAUUUUUUACAGAACAAAAGAAAAAAUAUGUCACUUUUUUGAUAAUGGAUGAUGUAGACACCGACGUCUUUUGAUGCCUAA